AUGCAUGACUCAUCACACACCCUCAUCUCUUCACCAAGCGUUCUUCCCCAGACUCCAAUCCAAAAGUCUUUUCUCAUUCUCUUCUCCGCUAAUGUUCGAACUGACUCCACAACCCAUCCACCUUCAUCUCUCGGCUUCGUUGUCGCUGUCAUCGGCUUCAUGGUAACCACUCUCAUCUUUCCUCGUUUACUGCGCCCAUCUCUUCUACGAAAUCUUCUCCCUGGCACCAGAUCCCUAGUCUCGCAUCGAUCAGCUUACAGCAAACGGUGCGUUGUUGUUCAUGAAGAAGGGAAGACUCAACAGGGAGCUAUGUCUUUAUGUAAUUUUUUUUCUCUACAUUCGACUGCAAGGGACUAUGAAAUUGAGAUGAGGGCAAAGGAGGGCAAAGGACAACAUUCUACAUUACCUUCCCAACACACACACCCUACUCCCUCUUUUCUUGGCGCGUCUGUCUUGAAAUCCAGGCUAAGGGAUGGAUUUGUUGGGUAG